AUCACAAGAAUGAUUUUAGAUGAAGUAGGAUAUUGAUCAAGAGCAAAUCAAGAGCAGAUUACACUAUACAUUACUUUCAGGCACCAAAAUCAAUACACACAAUGGAUGGCCUUUCGUCAAAGAAGCUCGAGCAUGAGCAAGAGACUUAUAGACAAACGGCAGACUUGUCCGGACCUCCUCCUCCAGCUUACUCCACAGUGGAUGCACAAGAUGAGACCAUGAAUACCUCAAAAUACCCCCCACAGUCAUACCACCAACAAGCCCCAACCCUCACGCUGCAAACCGAAAAUACCAAAUUCCUCGGUCAAGCAAUGCGCAUCUACGACCUCUCCAACCCUUUUCAAAAUAUAUACGAAAUAAAAAUCAAGACUCUCGGAAUGGAUCUCUAUUUCUAUCGACCCGGUGCAAACCAGAAGGGGCAGGAAUUCGCGACGGUGAAAUUUCAUAAAUUAUCCCUAAAGAUGGAUAUUACGUUACCGGAUACUCCCAUGUUUACUCUUAAAUGUAAGCAGGGAUGGAAUUAUAAGGUUUCAUACCCUUCGCCGUCUUUUCAAGGGGAGAUGGUGAGCUGGAAGACGAACUACCAUUUCAAGACUAUGGAUUUUGAGUUAAGGGACGCGAAAGGAAUAAUGCUUGCGAGACUCAAAGCGAGCAAUUGGAACUGGAAGAAGACGAGUCAGAUUGAAAUAUUUGGGGGCCAUGUAAGCGGUAAUCAAAAGCUUAUGGAUGAAAUUGUGGUUACCGGAUUCGGGUUACUGGAGUAUGUGAUCGUGAUGAAUGCCGUUACUAUCACAGCUUCUUAA